AUGUCACUAUACUUUUCUUCCAACAACGAGCAGUGGCCGACGCUGGAUGUUUGCAUGGCUGAUACGGUCCUGUGUACCAAGGCUGACUGCCGCAACUUGAAGCAAGGCACUCAGCCACGGAAGGCCAACAAAAACUGCAUACAACGCAACUGCAAGCAGUGUUGUGAGGUGGCAGGAGGGUGUAGGGUCCACCGAGUCGCAGCCGCAUCUUCUCUUGUUGCUACUCAACAGCAUGAAAACUCGAUCGUACCACCACUUGCCACCAUUAACCCCACUUACUACAUCGAAUUCAUCGUCAGCGAUACUCAGUCGCUCCCAGCCACUUCACGAAACUAUGCUCGGCCAUUAGACCUCAAUUACACACGGAACUAUGUUCUUGGGCACCAGCAGACAUUGGUGGCUGAGCAACGCUUUCAAGCUGACCAAAGUCUGAGUAUUAUGAUCCGCAAUAUGAUUGAUGUAGUGCUCUGGUUGAAGAACAAUGAACCUCCCCACCUCGUAAAGCUUACGUGCACCACACCUGGAAAGUUCGUGCCAGGAGACCAUCCGCUAUUGAUGAGAUUUGAGCUCGGAGACUACAUUGCAGUAUAUUGCAGUGAUCAGCACACCUGGAUUGAGCAAGAUAUCAAGACUCCGCUUCUCAGUCCCCCCAAUUCAACCAUCCUCCUGCGUUCUAUUGAUCUGACCGACAAUCAUAUGCUACUCGGAUUUGCCGAGAGGGUUUUAUCUCUUAGUUGUGCACCUGCAACUGUCCAAUCUCCGUCAAAACGAUCCUUUAGUGCCACGGGUAUGCAUCUGUUCCGAUUGGAUGGGAUGACCUCACCAUUGAAGCGGCAGAGGAAUGCCAGUAGCAACAACCCCGCGGGCCCGGUUCUCAUCUCUCGGCAGUCGCCCAUUCCUUUACCACUCACUAGCCUAUUGCCAAGUCCCACUGUGACAUCACCUCUGUCACUCGCUGCCGGCGACUUAGACACGUCACCUGUAGUAGUGCCUGCACCAGCCAUGGUCCAACCCAACACUACCAUCCCUGCAGGCGCCCGAGCACGAUUUCCCUGGAAGUACACAUGUGAUAUGGUUCCCCGGAUUCAGCUCUUCAUCAAUGUAUCAGAUGAUCAAAUGAUCCAGGCCCUCUUCGCUACUACAUUUCCAAAUUGCACCUAUGCCAAGGCAACUUUUUAUAAGCAUCGCGCUGCUUAUCGGGCAGCUAUCGAGAAUUCGAGUGAUAGGGUUGAACAUGCUGUCAAUGCAGGAUAUAGCCCUGCCGGCCAGUGGAACACUCUCUUGGCCAAAAUCAAAGCUAAUGCAGCUCCGAGUCUUACUGGUAGUAAUGGCCUGGGUAGCAUCUCAAACUCGGACACGAAGUCCUACCCCACCUCCGAGUCUACCAAUGAACUCAUCUACCACUGA